CCUUCCGGGAAGUCUUCUUCUUUCCCUUCUCUUGUUUUGGCCCGUCGGAGAUGUGCAAGGAUGGUGCUGGCUGCACCGAAACUGGGCAGGGCGUCACUCGAGGUGGGCGGGACCAGCAGCAAAAACCGGGGCUUCCCAAGCUGGAUGAGGAGCUGGGUGAGGAGCUGAGCUGGAUGAGUCGGACGCCGCACUGGCAGGCUCAUUUGGGAGGGGCACUGCUGGGCUAUUCUAGCGACGGUGUCAUUGGCGAUACCAAGGGUCUCGUGUUGGAGCAAGCUUCGCUGACCGCCACGAGGGAAUUAUACAGAUCUCAAAGAUCGGGAUUGUCGGUGCGGUGGGCAGGCCCUGAGGAAUAG